CAACACAAUUUUCUUUUUCUUUUCUUUUUUUUUUCCGCCAGUCUCUCCCGGUGUCAGUGAGCUCUUUAAAGCGGUGGCUGCUGGGGCUGUUUUCAAAACGUUUGUUUUGUGAUGGCGGAGGACAGCGAAUCUGCGGCUAGUCAGCAGAGCCUGGAGUUGGACGACCAGGAUACAUGCGGGAUAGACGGAGACAACGAGGAGGAGAAUGAACACAUGCAAGGCAGUCCAGGGGGAGAUCUAGGGGCCAAGAGGAAGAAGAAGAAACAGAAGAGGAAAAAAGAGAAGCCCAGUUCGGGGGGAGCCAAAUCUGAUUCUGCUUCUGACUCUCAAGAGAUCAAGAACCCUGGUUUGCCCAUUCAAAAGCUGCAGGACAUCCAAAGAGCCAUGGAGCUGCUGUCCUGUCAAGGUCCAGCAAAAAGUAUUGACGACGCAGCCAAGCACAAGUACCAGUUCUGGGACACCCAGCCUGUCCCAAAGCUAAAUGAAGUUGUGACGAGUCAUGGGCCGAUUGAAGCCGACAAAGAAAACAUCAGACAGGAGCCAUAUUCUUUACCUCAAGGCUUUAUGUGGGACACGUUGGAUCUCAGUAGUGCAGAUGUACUGAAGGAGUUGUAUACGUUGUUAAAUGAAAACUAUGUAGAGGACGAUGAUAACAUGUUCAGAUUUGAUUAUUCUCCAAGCUUUCUGAAAUGGGCCCUGCGUCCACCUGGCUGGCUACCACAGUGGCACUGUGGAGUCAGGGUGUCCUCAAAUAAGAAGCUUGUUGGCUUCAUCAGUGCCAUUCCUGCAGACGUACGGGUCUAUGACACGAUAAAGAGGAUGGUAGAAAUCAACUUCCUGUGUGUUCACAAGAAGCUACGCUCAAAGCGUGUUGCUCCUGUGCUAAUCAGAGAGAUAACACGGAGAGUGAACCUAGAGGGUAUAUUUCAGGCAGUUUACACAGCUGGAGUCGUGUUGCCUAAACCGGUGUCUACAUGCAGGUACUGGCAUCGUUCGUUAAACCCCAGAAAACUCGUGGAAGUAAAAUUCUCCCAUCUGAGCAGAAACAUGACCCUGCAAAGAACCAUGAAGCUGUACAGAUUAUCAGAUAGCACCAAGACUCCAGGUCUGCGGCCAAUGGAGAGGCGCGACAUCCACCAGGUCACCGAGCUGCUGCAGAAAUACCUGAGACGUUUCCAUCUUGCACCAUCAAUGGGAGAAGAGGACGUGGCUCAUUGGUUCCUACCCCAGGAAAACAUCAUCGACACAUUCGUCGUCGAGGGUGCAGGUGGUGUCUUGACAGAUUUUACUAGUUUCUACACUUUGCCCUCAACUGUGAUGCAUCACCCUCUCCAUAGGAGUCUGAAGGCAGCUUACUCUUUCUACAACGUUCAUACACAAACACCACUACUGGACCUAAUGAAUGAUGCACUGAUCCUGGCCAAACUGAAAGGUUUUGAUGUUUUUAAUGCCUUGGAUCUGAUGGAGAAUAAAGUAUUUCUGGAGAAGCUUAAGUUUGGCAUUGGGGAUGGAAACCUGCAGUAUUACCUCUACAACUGGAAGUGUCCCACAAUGGAGUCUGAUAAGGUUGGUCUCGUCCUCCAGUAGCAGCCCUCAUCACAGCCGCUGCACAAACACACGUGGUCCUCGCUGACCUCCUGACAUUUACCUGGACCCUGUCGUCCCAAGCUCGACAUCGAGAACUACAACAACAAAAGCCAACCUGGUGACCAAGUGUCGGUUCACUUGUCUCAUCAAGAACAUUCUCGGCUCAGCCGGAGGUGAAAGACUCUUUAACUCAUCAUCCUGAAUGUGAAAGUCAUGCUAUGCCUGAGAUAUUCUUCCAGUACAUCUGCUCUUGACAUGCGCUCUCGCAUCUUAAACAAAAAGGGGUUUGACCUUCUGCAGGAUGCCUUGGCGUUGUGAAUUUUGUCUCUAGCUUUUCAUCCUCAACAAACAUCGUCACGGGGGUGUGGCUGGUAUGUUCUUUAAUUGUAUGGAAUUCUGUAAAUGAUAAUUGACAAAGUAAACACAAGCAGAAAUAAUUAACUCCCUUUUUACCUUCUUUUUUUUUUUUGUUUAUCCAGUCCAAACAGUUAUUGUGCCGCUGCUGUUGUUUUCCUUUUUGUAUCAGCUUCACCAGUCAAGUGUCUCUGCUGGCUGUUCUCAGCCUCUGUAGGUUUAGGAAACACAUCUACUCAUGCAUCCCAGAUAAAGAUAUCAGCAAACUUUACUAAACAUAAGUUACAUACUGCACACUGUUUAAUACCAGACAUAUAGACAAGCCAGGUGUUGUGGAUGAAAACAUAUUGCUUACAUUUAUAUUUAUUCCUGCAGUGAGUUUGGAGUGUGCCAGGACUGGUUCUCAGCAUUUCUCCUCAUCGGUUCUGUAAAAUUCAGUGGGUUUUUGUUUGUUUUGUUUUUUAUGAAGAAUGUGAUGCACUGAUGAAGCACAAUUUACUGUGUUGCAAUGAAAAGGGUCCAUAUUUAAAGGGUCUGAUGUCAAAAUAAACACACUGUACUACUAUUUUUUAAGAAUUGAAAUUGUUUUGAUAUAAAGCUGUUUUUUGAGUAUUAAA